UUGCUGACCUCUGGCAAAAAGGGAGCGAACGAGGACAGGAGAAGCAGAGGGGAAGAGGUUCAAGUGCGGGUUUUCUCCUUGAACCUAGAAGAUUAUGGGUCAAGAGCUGUGUACAAAGACUCUCCAGCCUGGAUGCAGCUGCCAUCGCUGUUGGGAGGGAGGCGAUGCACACAGCUGUCAGAGGACUGCGCCUGUGCCGGCGGAGGCUGCGAUCGAGCUAACAGACCUAAAAGAAGCAUCAUGUUCCAUGACUUCAUUUCACCCCAGGGGACUUCAGGCGGUCCGUGCCCGGAAGUACAAGAGUAAAAGGCCACGGAGUAACAGUGAUUCUUUUCAGAAAGAGGAUCUGAGGCAGGGUUUUCAGUGGCAGAGGAAGAACCUCCCUUUUGGGGCAGCCUCAUCUUACUUGAACUUGGAGAAACUGGGUGAAGGUUCUUAUGCCACAGUUUACAAGGGGAUUAGCAGGAUAAAUGGACAACUAGUGGCUCUAAAAGUCAUUAGCAUGAAUGAAGAGGAAGGAGUCCCAUUUACAGCUAUUCGGGAAGCUUCUCUCCUGAAGGGUUUGAAACAUGCCAAUAUUGUGCUUCUGCACGACAUAAUCCAUACCAAAGAGACACUGACAUUUGUUUUUGAAUACAUGCACACAGACCUGGCCCAGUACAUGUCUCAGCACCCAGGAGGGCUUCAUCCUCACAAUGUCAGGCUUUUCAUGUUUCAACUUUUGCGGGGCCUGGCAUACAUCCACCACCAACACGUUCUUCACAGGGACCUGAAACCUCAGAACUUACUCAUCAGUCACCUGGGAGAGCUCAAACUGGCUGAUUUUGGUCUUGCUCGGGCAAAGUCUAUUCCCAGCCAGACAUACUCUUCAGAAGUUGUGACCCUCUGGUACCGCCCUCCUGAUGCCUUGCUGGGAGCCACUGAAUAUUCCUCUGAACUGGACAUAUGGGGUGCAGGCUGCAUCUUUAUUGAAAUGUUCCAGGGCCAACCUUUGUUUCCUGGGGUUUCCAACAUCCUUGAACAACUGGAGAAGAUCUGGGAGGUGUUAGGAGUCCCUACAGAGGAUACCUGGCCUGGAGUUUCCAAGCUACCUAACUACAAUCCAGAAUGGUUCUCACUUCCUAAGCCUCAAAGUCUUCAGAACAUCUGGAACAGGUUGGGCAGGGUUCCUGAAGCUGAAGAUCUGGCUUCCCAAAUGCUGAAAGGCUUUCCUAGAGACCGAGUUUCCGCCCAGGAAGCACUGGUUCAUGACUAUUUCAGUGCCCUGCCUUCUCAGCUGCACCAGCUUCCUGAUGAGGAGUCUUUGUUUACAGUUUCAGGAGUGAGGCUAAAGCCAGAAACGUGUGACCUUUUGGUCUCCUACCGGAAAGGUCACCUCCCAACCCAGUUUAGCAAAUGCUGGUGAAAGAGAGGGCGACAUCACCAAUAUCCUUUCAGGGCCACAUCACUACUGUUUCAGUUUUAAUUUGCUUUGCCUUACUAAGAAGCUUCAAACCUAACUCCACCAUGGACCAGGGUUUUCAUACCAUCACCUGUGAUCUGGAAUAUUGUAAAUAUGAUGUCCAAGGCAACAGACAUGAUACUUGAAGAAAAAGCAAUGAAUGGUUAUUGCUCUUGUCAUACACCCAGAAUUUAACAGUGAUUAGCUCAAAAAUUAGACACAGACUUAAAGAGUCUAAGAAGAGGAUUUAUGAAUAAUUUCAUCUGUUUUGUUAUUUGAUAAAGAGAUCCCUAGGCCAGAAGGACUACAGGACAGAUGAAAGGCUAACAAUUAAAAGAAUCUGGAGACUGAGCGGGUGCUUACAGAGGCCUGUCCCUCCUGCGUUCACUUACAAUUUCCCCCCAACAAAAAGACUUCUGUGGCAAGGAGAGGAUUAGUCUAAAGUUUAGAAAAGUCUCAGAGAAGAUGGUUUCUCGGAUAAAGUUGUCAACAAAAGGACUGGCUUAAGACUCUUUGUUAAGAUUUCUUAGGGGGUGCUUCUCUCUUCAUUAUCUGGAUUAUCAAAACACACUACUACUCCACUCCAGCUAGAUUUUAGAAGUUUGGAUUGAGCUCCCAGUUAGAUUAAAAUUUUUGGCUAUCUCCUUCUACUCAAUCUCAGUUAUCAGUGAUGAUAGCAAAAGCAAUGAGGAACCUAAGCUCUGAUUUGAUGAUGGAGAUACUGAAUAGUAGGAACAAAGAGUUCCAAAGAUGUAAUUCAAGCCCUGUUACACCAUCAGACACACACACAUGUGCUCACACACACAACCCCCAAAUAAAAUGAGAGAUCUGUCUCAGCUAACACAUGUAUCAUUUUCUGUAAUGACUCCUUCUAAAAGAAGCCAGGGAAACUCAAAUUACUUCAUCUAGGGAUCAUCUACUCAGGAAACAUAGUAGCCUAGAAAUCAGAGACUUCUAUGUAUCCUUUAGAAGAACAAGGAAGAACUAAUGAAGAAAGAAUUAAAAAAUAGUACCUAUAGACCCAAAGUCUUCCCAAAGAUGGGAAAAGGAAAAAUGCAUACAGAUAACCCAAAGAAAUCUACCUUAGUAAGUAUUGGAUUUUCGUGAGGUGUUUGACAAAACCUCUCCAAACAUACCUGAGAUGAAACUGUGUGGGCUGCAUUAUGGGACAGAUAUAUGUGCUCAAUGAGUGGUGGUUUUUCAACCUAGAGAAAAGCUAAUAGUGGUAUGGUACAAGGUACAGUCUUAAGUCCCAUCCUGGCCAAAUAUUUGUAUUAAUCACCUGAAUAAAAUCAGAGAAGGUCCACAAUUUAUUCAUAUAAUCAUUGAAGUAAGUAGUUAUAAUUAAUGUAUUACUUCCAUUUUACCAAAGAGGAAAUUAAAACUCAAAGAAGUUAAAUAACCCAUCCAUGGAGUAUACCAGAGUUAAGCUACAAACCUCAGGUCUGGGUGUCUCCAGUGUGUAUGAUCUUUCCAGUAAUCACAUACCUAUCAGAUCUGGAGAAUACACAGUUCUUGAAGAAGCACCUGGUAUUUACCACUGGAUCAUAAUUCAAAAGACUAAGCCCUUGCUAAAAGCUAAUGUGUAUGUACCACUAUCUACCUAUUAGAAUGGCCAAGUUCCAGAACACUGACAACACCAAAUGCUAGCAGGGAUGUGGAACAACAGAGGAACUCUUGCUCGUUGCUGGUAAAAAUGCAAAAUAGUACUUUGGAAGACAGUUGGGCAGUUUUUUACAAGCCUAAACAUACUCUCUUACCUAUGAUCCAGCCACCGUGCUCUUAGGCAUUUACACAAUGGAGCUGAAAACUUAUGUCCACACAAAAAUCUACACAUAGGUGUUCAUUCAUAAUCAUCAAAACUUGGGCACAACCAAGAUGUCCUCCAGUGAGUGAGUGGAUAAAUAAACUGUGGUAUAUCCAGACAACAGACAAUUAUUCAGAACUUAAAAAAAAUGAACUAGCAAGCCAUGAAAAGACAUGAAGGAGCCUUAAGUGAAUAUUGCUAAGACAAAGAAACCAAUUGAAAAGACUGCAUACUGUAUGAUUACAACUAUAUGACAUUUUGGAAAAGGCAAAACUAUAAAGACAGUAAAAACAUCACUGGUUGCCAGGAGUUAGGAGGGAGGGAUGAAUAGACAGGGUACAGAGGACUUUUAAGGCUGUAAAAAUAAGUAUGAUGCUAUAAUGGUGGAGACGUGCCAUUAUAAAUCUGUCCAAACCUAUAGAAUGUACAAGACCAAGAAUGAAUCCUAAUGUAAACUUAUGGGCUUUGGAUGAUACUGAUGUGUUGGUAUAGGUUCAUCAAUUAUAACAAAUGUACCAUUCUGAUAGGGGGAGGCUAUGCAUGUGGGUGGGGAGGGGGCAAGAGUUAUUUGGAAAGUCUCUGUAACUUCUGCUGAACAUUGCUAUGAAUGCUAAUAUUGCUCUAAAAAUUUACGUCUAUUAAAAUCAAACAGAUUGACUGAGU